CCAUUACUAAUGGCAGUUUAUACUCUGGUUGGUUAGCCUAUAUUUGAGUCAUUUCAGAGAGAAGGUUUUAUAUUGAUAUUGGGUUUUCAAGGGAGGGGUAGGGCGGAGAGAGUAGCGGGCAAUCGAAAGAGAAGAGUAAGAGUGUUUGUGAUUUGAUUGAGAGACAGAAGAAUAUGGCGGAAGAUUCAUCAUCGAAAUCGCCCUUGACAAAGUAUUGGUCAGGCUACAAAGAGUUUUGGGGCGAGAGGUUUUCGUUUUUGGAACACUUUACCAAGUUCGUCAACCGUGAAAAACCCCUUCCCCGUUGGACUCCUUCCGAUGUCGAAGAAUUCAUUGCUUCCGACCCUGUUCACGGCCCCACUCUGAAGACUACUAGAGAAGCAAUGAAUUAUGGUAUCACAGGAAGUAUUAUUGGAGCAGUAUCAACUGCGGGGGUUGCCUGGAAGUAUUCAAGGAGUUUGCAUGGUGCUGGACUGUCCCUUCUAGCUGGGGGUGUUUUUGGUUGGACUUUUGGACAAGAAGCUGCUAACCAUGCCCUGCAGCUCUACAAGUUGGACACCGCGGUUGCCCAAACCAAGUUCCUAGAGUGGUGGGAUAACAAAACUCAAGGACGAUUCUAAAUGAUGAAAUAACUUCCUUCUUUUGCAGCAAUAAAAUUCCGAACGCACCUUUUGUUGAAAAUGUUAUGGUGAACUUCACUAGUCUCUCUGCUUUAUGGUAGACUGUUCUAAUGAAUUGGAGAAUUUUUCUCUUUUCAGAAAUAAAACCAGUAGAUUGCAACUUUUUCUUUAGGUUGGCUACUGUUUUUCUGUUUUAUAAAUUGAACUUGUGUUGCCGUUAGUUUAUUUGUAAGUCAAGUUGUAACAGUUUUGUGCACUGAAAGUUAUGAACUCAUUUUCAUAGUAGUCCUCUCCUCUGAAAGUGGCACAUGUGUACGUGUAUAUGGAUGCUAUUAAGAAAAAAAAAUGUGAAGAAAAACCAAAUCAAAGGUCACUAAGUUCCCUUUUCUUA